AUGUCUGACAGUGACCCCGGCUUUGUUGCCGCCCUCGAAGAGGCUAAGAAGGGCUAUGGAGAAGGCGGCAUUCCGAUUGGUGCCUGCAUUGUGUCUAAGGACGGCAAUAUUCUGGGCCGGGGCCGCAACAUGAGGAUCCAAAAGGGUAGCGCCACGCUUCACGGCGAGAUCUCCGCCCUCGAGAACGCAGGCAGACUUCCCGCCUCCGCCUAUGAGGGCUCGACCAUGUACACGACUCUUUCGCCCUGCGACAUGUGUACUGGUGCUUGCAUCCUGUACAAAGUCAAGCGCGUUGUCUUGGGCGAAAACAACACUUAUCUCGGCGGCGAAGAUCACCUCAGGUCGAAGGGUAUCGAGGUCAUCAACGUCAAGAGUGCUGAGUGCGAGGCUUUGAUGCAGAAGUUUAUCGCUGAAAAGCCGGGCGAUUGGAACGAAGAUAUUGGCGAGCAGUAA